AUGAAGAGCUUCAUUGCCCUCGCCGCUUUUUUUGCCAGCGCCAAUGCUCUCGUUGGCCGCGCCGAUAAGUGUUGCUUUCACUUGACUUCCUCUGGCGGCGUCUCCGGCUCCCUGGGCCAACUCAGCGACGGCCAGAACCGCAUUGGGGACAACAGUCUGUCCCCGUCCACAUACUGUAUCAACUCGACUGGCGCAAUCACCGACAGUGCCGGCCGUGGGUGCAUCAUCACGACGGAGACCACCCAGUUCCAGUGUGACGAAGGGUCUGCGGCAACCCCCGGCUUUUCGAUCACAUCCUCGGGCCAGUUAGACUAUCACGGUAGCGGCAGCUGGAUUGCGUGUGAAACUGGCCAGAAUGGUGGCUUGAACGUGUAUACCACCAAUAGUACCGAUGUGACCAAGUGCAAGAACAUCACGAUCACGGCGGACUCGUGCUCGAACUCGGGCUCGGCACCUGCUAAUCCGGCCCCGCCGGUGACGAUUGUUUCGACUGUGACUGUGUCGGACUGCACCUGUCCUACAAACAACGCUCCUGCAGUGCCCGGUGCUUCGGGCUCUGCGGCUUCAUCUGCAACUUCAUCUGGGACUUCUCAUACCUCGAGUAGUGGCCAGCCUGCUGGCUCCCAUACUUCUGGUGAAGCUACUCAGACUUCCGGCGGAGCUACUCAAACUACUGGCGGUGCUUCACCUGUUGGUGGCAUUAGUGCUGGUGGUUCUCAAUCUUCCGGAGCCCCCCAUCCCUCUAGCACUGGCGUUAAUAGCAACAUCGGUUCUGCUAGUGAUUCUCAUGCCUCUGGAGGUGCACGGACUACUGGAACUGGAGUUGGCGUCGGUCCUUUCUCGAACACCACCGGCGCGCCGGGCGGCGUUGCACAACCCACUGGCUCAAUUCGCCCCAACGGGACCGCGAAUGGGAACUCGACAAGGACUUCGGCUGGGAACUCGACGAGGACGUCGACGGGCUCGUCGACGGGCAACACGGGCACCAGCUGCCCGACCACCUUGUCCGGCGACUACCAGUACCCGCACCUGAUCGUGCAUAUCGACUCGACCGCGCCCAACGACGCCUUCGGCACUACCUUCAAUGGCACCAUCAACUCGACCACGUCGAGCCUGUUCAACUUCGACAUUCCAUCAUCCUACUCCGGCAAGACCUGUAGCCUGGUGUUUUUGUUCCCCCGGCGCGAAGACCUCGAGACCUCCGCCUAUAGCUUCAGCGGCGACGGUAAGAUUGACAUUGCGAAGCUUUCCAGCACAGUCAGCACCUCGACGACCUUUAGCAGUGUCCCGUCUGUGUCGAAGGAUCUGGGUAGUAUCACUAUCUCGCCCGGCAAUUCGUAUGUGGUGUCGACUUUCUCGUGCCCGGCUGGCCAGGCAGUGGCCUAUGAGAUGAAAAACGCGGGCAGCACCAACCUGAACUUCUUCGAAGACUGGAACCCUUCUCCACUGGGUCUCUAUGUGACUGUCUGCUAG